GCGGUCAGCCAUUGUCGUGAGAUGUGAAGAUUUUUUUCAUCAGAAAUCAAGAUCAAAAGUUGAGCAAUUAUUGCACAUUGAAAUUAAAGCACAUUGACGCUGAAAUGCAUACAAUUCCGGAAUUAGGUACAAGUGUACCAGCAUUUCUUGCCAAACUUUGGAAAUUGGUUGAAGAUCCUGAAACUGACGACCUUAUUUGUUGGUCACCCAAUGGAAGAAGUUUCUUCAUUAGAAAUCAAGCACAAUUUGCUAGAGAAUUAUUACCACAUUAUUACAAACACAAUAACAUGGCCAGCUUUGUCAGGCAAUUAAAUAUGUAUGGUUUUCACAAAAAGGUAUCUGUUGAACUUGGUGGUUUAAAAUGUGAUAGAGAUGAAAUGGAAUUUGCACAUCAGUUCUUUUGUAAAGGACAUCCAUAUCUUGUAGAGCACAUUAAAAGAAAAAUUGCAUCUAGUAAAGGACAAGAUCCAGCACUUACACCCAUUAAACCAGAAUUAAUGAAUAAAAUGCUUACUGAAGUGAGAAGUAUGAGAGGUCGUCAAGAACAUUUAGAUUCAAGGCUUGGAGCCAUGAAAAGGGAGAAUGAAGCAUUAUGGAGAGAAUUAGCAAUGCUCAGACAAAAGCAUCUGAAGCAACAGCAAAUUGUUAAUAAGCUUAUACACUUUCUAGUUACUUUGGUACAGCCUUCAAGAAGUGGUGGUCUGUCUGUUAAAAGAAGAUACCCAUUAAUGAUCGACGAUUCUAAUCGUCAACGUAGUAAACAGCCGAAAUUAUCAAAGUCACAAGCAUCUCCUGCAGGGCCUGUAAUUCACGAGCUUGAUGCAUCAGAACCAGAUUUGGAAUCAGCAUACAUUGUUGCAGAAAUGUUAGAAGGACAUCCAAAUCCAGCUAUUGAAAGCCCAGAACAUAAUAACACAUCAAUAAUAGAAGAUAACAAUAUGGAAACAGUUCAUUUAAUUGAUGAUUCUGUUCAAUUACAAGAUGAUAUGCAACUUGUUAAUCCACAAGAAAUUGACACUAAGAAAAAACGUGGAUGUAAGGGUAAAAAGAAGAGGAAAAACAAGGUGCCGGUCAAAAUUUUGAUCCCAUCAACGGAGAAUGGAGAAGAACCGAGGGAAGAAACACAUGUGCUUGAAAUGCCAUUAGAGGGUUCGCCAGUGACGAUCGCUUUGCUGGAAAAUAAACCAGUUUCGAAGCCAAUACCUGUAGCGACUGUGCGUAGCUCAAAACUUGCAGCAAUGGCUGCUAAUAUGAAUAAAACUACCGAUACAGAACAGGAGCUCGAUUUGGAUACAACAGACAUGGAGGAAGAUGUUCAAGAUAAUGAUCCAACUUUGGUGAAACUUGAAGACAUUUUGAUAGUACCGGAAAUCAUUAACGAAGAUGUUGAGAAUAAUGAGAACACUGAAUUUAGUGAGAAUAAUGGAAAUUCUGAAACAAGCGAAAAUGAUAUUGCGUUUGAUCAAUUUAAGAAAGUAGACGCUAACACAGAACAGAAUAACAGAAGAGAUUCUUACACAAAUGGCGCAGAAAAACGUUCGGAGCAGGAUAAAAUCAACUGCAAUGGAGAAGGCACAAGCAAUACAAAACAUUUAUCUUUGAGUUGCAUCAUUCCCUCUGGCAUGUCUGAUGCUACUUACAGGUUAGGAUCAAUGGAGGAAAUGGAUAAUCAUCUUGAAUCAAUGCAAACAGAAUUGGACAAUCUCCGUGAUAUUCUACGAGGCGAGGGUUAUAGCAUCGACGCAAAUACACUCUUGGGUUUAUUUGGAGCAGAUGAUCCAAUGUCGUUUGGUAUGCCAGUUAAUCCAGAAUUAAAUCCACAUUCUGAAAAAGAAGAGGAUGAUCACACUAAUGUUACAGAAAACAUUAAUGGAACAGGUGGUGGUGAACUUAUGGCAUACAAUCCUACUCCAAACUUGUUAGAUUUUGACGAUGACAUUUUUUUGAAUGCCGCAUCUCCUGUAACGAGCACAGCGGGUGAUACAGCUACAACCAGUCUUUAUAACUCGGAUCCCCUCGAUUUGGAGGAUAACAAAGUUUCACUCCUCAAUUCAUUAACGAAUGAUGUAAAUACUUCAUCGUAAAGUCUCAUUCCUAUGCCUUGGAGGAAAGACUGCUGGAUUUUUAAUUACCUUAUUGGUAAUAUCUUCGUUUUAAUUAACGAAUGCGAUACUACUGUGAGCGCUAUAACAAGUUUAGUAUAUGGAGGGAACGAUAGAAAGAAUUAAAGAGAUGUACACAGUGAUUCGUGCUUAAAAUUCCUUGAAGAUGAAAGUAAACAACGUAAAGAACCAAACGAUAUAAAUCUAGGGAUUGGAAGGAACACUUUAUCUUCACGUCGAUGAUAAUAAAAACUAUGCGAAUGAAAAAAGCGUAUUCCUCGAAAUGUUGUUAAAAAAAAUACGUAGCGUUUAAAAAAUGAGAAUGCACGCGUCAUAUAUGCAUUAAGAAAGGACUACAAUUUCCAUUUUCACCAAUUUGUAUAUAAUCACGCAGGAUUGUUGCAUCGAUAAAGAGAUGUAGUAGGAUGUUUUCUAAAAAUAUCCAUCACCUAAAGAGUAACAAUUUUUUUACAUAGUGUGUGUGUACACAGUAUUAGAAUAUAAAUUAAUUAAUUUUAC